CCUUAUGACUGCGCGUCAUUCGUUUCUCCAGUAUCCAACGUUCACCACGUUCCGAAUGGCAACGUAAUUUCGGUUUUCUCCUCUCCCCGGAAUCAAUAAAAAAAACAGUAGUUUCAUUGACUCGGAGUUAGAUGCUUCAGUUAAUGAAAAUAUUUCAAGUAUUGUCAUUCUUUUCCUGAAAUUUACGAAAUACGUUGACUAUCAUAAUUUGUGGGUAGAAUGUCUGCUGGCGUGUUACUAAGCAAGGAUCUACCUGACAUUGAAAAUCUUCUGCGUCUCAAUCCCAAGGUGAGAGACUACACGAAUUUAGUACCGUCCGUGGAAACUAAGAAGAAUAAGCUCCACUGGAAACGAAACGUUGAAGAGAAAUGCAAUACCUGCACCUUGACAAACAACUUCGACGACAUAAAGCACACGACCCUGAGCGAGCGUGGAGCCCUGAAAGAGUCCGCCCGCUGCCUGAAAUGCGCGGACGCGCCCUGCCAGAAGGGUUGUCCCACCCAGAUCGACAUAAAGUCCUUCAUAACCUCGAUAUCCAACAAGAACUACUACGGGGCAGCGAAAGAAAUCCUCUCGGAUAAUCCGCUGGGCCUGACCUGCGGGAUGGUAUGUCCAACGAGUGACUUGUGCGUGGGUGGAUGCAACCUAGCAGCUACCGAAGAAGGGGCCAUCAACAUCGGAGGUCUCCAGCACUUCGCUGUGGACAUCUUCAAGAAGAUGAACAUCAAGCAGACUAGGAUUCCGGGACAAUCCGUCAGCCACGCGGAGACGAAGAUCGCCCUUAUCGGUUGUGGCCCUGCGUCCCUCACCUGCGCCACAUUUCUGGCGAGGCUGGGGUACAACAACAUCAGGAUCUUCGAGAGGGAGAGCUUCCCGGGGGGUCUGAGCUCCUCCGAAAUCCCGCAAUACCGUUUGCCCUACGACGCCGUCAACUUCGAGAUCAAGCUCGUUAAAGAUCUUGGAGUAGAGAUCGAGUGCGGAAGGUCGCUUUCGACAGACGACCUGACAGUCCAAAAGCUGAAAGACUCCCGCUACGAGGUCAUCUUCCUCGGAAUCGGACUCCCCCAGCCCAAGCUGAUCCCAAUCUUCGAAGGCCUCGACGAACAGAUGGGCUUCUUCACUUCGAAGAGCUUCCUGCCCCGAGUUUCUAAAGGCAGCAAGCCCGGAAUGUGCGCCUGUAAGACGUCGUUACCAGCCCUCCACGGCAACGUCAUCGUCCUUGGAGCAGGUGACACGGCCUUCGACUGCGCGACAUCGGCCCUCCGCUGCGGCGCCGCAAGAGUCUUCGUAGUCUUCAGAAAGGGCUUUACAAACAUUCGGGCUGUUCCAGAGGAGAUGGACCUGGCCCGCGAGGAAAAAUGCGAGUUCAUUCCUUUCCAAUCUCCCCAGAGAGUGAUCCUCCAUCCAAAGACCAGGAAAAUCAUCGCGAUGGAGUUCGCCAGGACCGAGCAUACUGAGAACGGCGAGUGGAUUGAAGACCCCGACCAGAUAACCCGACUGAAGGCAGACUUCAUCAUCUCCGCUUUUGGAUCGGGUCUUUCCGACACCAAGAUCACCUCAGCGAUGUUCCCAGUAAAGCUGAAUAGAUGGGGUCUUCCUGAGGUGAACGCCAUCACCAUGGAGACUUCCCAUCCAGGCGUCUUCUGCGGCGGUGAUCUGGCCGGAGUAGCCCAGACGACCGUUGAAUCCGUUAACGACGGUAAAGUCGCUGCGUGGAGUAUCCACAAGUACAUCCAGGAGUCUCACAACGAGAAGGUCCCGGAGACCCCUUGCCUCCCAAAAUUCCAUACGGAUAUCGACGAAGUCGAUCUCAGCGUCGAAGUCUGCGGUCUUCAUUUUGAAAAUCCAUUUGGCCUCGCCUCAGCGCCACCUGCCACCACCAGCGCCAUGAUCCGCAGGGCCUUCGAGGCCGGCUGGGGUUUCGUCGUGACGAAAACCUUCAGCUUGGACAAAGACCUGGUCACUAACGUCUCUCCCAGAAUAAUAAAAGGCACGACUUCCCGUCAUCAUUACGGCCCGGAGCAAAGCAGCUUCCUCAACAUCGAACUGAUAUCCGAGAAAUCCGCGGCGUACUGGUGUCGGAGUGUGACGGAACUAAAGCGGGACUUCCCCGGAAAAAUCGUCAUUGCGAGCAUCAUGUGUUCGUACGACGAAGCCGAUUGGACGGAAUUAGCGAAGUUGGCUGAGUCAGCUGGGGCUGACGGUCUGGAGUUGAACCUCUCGUGCCCCCACGGCAUGGGGGAGUCUGGGAUGGGUCUGGCGUGUGGUCAAGACCCGAUUUUAGUCCGGGACAUCUCCAAGUGGGUCAGGAAGGCCGUGAAAAUUCCGUUCUUCGUGAAGCUGACGCCAAACAUCACUGAUAUCGCUUCGAUUGCGAAGGCAGCUCACGAAGGUGGCGCCUCCGGCGUAUCCGCCAUCAAUACGGUUUCCGGGCUGAUGGGCCUCCACGGAGAUGGCAGCCCCUGGCCAGCCGUCGGCAGCAAGAAGCUGACGACUUACGGGGGCAUGUCCGGAAAUGCCACGAGACCGCAAGCACUGCGAGCCAUCUCAACAAUCGCGAAGGAGUUACCGGAUUUUCCGAUCAUGGGAAUUGGAGGGGUGGACUCUGCGGAUGUGACGCUUCAGUUCUUGCACUGUGGCGCUUCCGUCGUGCAGGUGGGGAGCGCCAUUCAGAACCAGGACUUCUCGUUGAUUGAGGAUUACGUGACGGGGUUGAAGGCUCUGCUGUAUCUCGAAGGAAAGGGGUUGAACGGCUGGGAUGGACAGAGUCCCCCGACGAUGAGGCACCAGAAGGGAAAGCCGGUUCUUCAUCACGCGCUUGGGAAACAUGUGCCCUACUUCGGGGAGUAUCAACUGAUGCGGCUGAAAGCGGAGGCGGAAGUCAAGGCCAGGUCAGAUCCGCUGGCGGUUGAUCGCGAUCGAAAUGAAGGGGUUGAAAUGACGGAUUCAGGGAAGGGUCUAGAUGUUCCUAAACUGAAAAGUGUCAUUGGGAAGGCGUUGACUCAUAUUGGGCCCUACAAACAGCUUGAUAACACACAACAGGUGGUCGCGCUGAUUGAUGACGACAUGUGCAUCAAUUGCGGCAAGUGCUACAUGACUUGCGCUGACUCGGGGUAUCAGGCCAUCGAAUUCAACGCGGAAACCCAUAUUCCGCAUGUCAAUGACGACUGCACCGGGUGCACCCUGUGCUUAUCCGUGUGUCCAAUCAUCGAUUGCAUAACGAUGGUGCCAAAGACUAUUCCGCAUGUUGUGAAACGAGGAGUGUCACCGGCUGGAGGGGAGAUCAGAAAUGGUGUGAAAUAGGCACAGUAGUGAGGCAGAAUACUCGAGAAUUAUAAAGGCAUGGUUUUUCAUGUAAAUUUAUUGCACCAAUUUAUACUAUUAAUAAAGAUUUUUCGAGGUCUUCUAGUAA